AUGUUCUGGGAGAAUAGCAAAGACACCCAUAAUGAAGUUGUUUCUUCAGCCAUGUCAAGAGAUAGAUUCGAAUUUAUUAUGUCAAAUUUGCAUUGUUGUGACAAUUCCAAGCUAUCUCAACAAGAUAGAUUUGCGAAAGUUCGGCCACUUUUUGAAGCAAUAAAUAGAAAUUUUCAACUUUUUUGCCCCGUACGAGCUGCACAAUCAGUUGAUGAGUCCAUGGUACCUUACUUCGGGAGGCACGGCUGUAAGCAGUUCAACAAAGGGAAGCCAAUCCGUUAUGGAUUCAAAAUAUGGAUGGGUGCAAUAUCAUCUUCAGACUGCGCUGGCUAUUGUGUGUGGUUGGAACCCUAUCAGGGAUCAAACACUCAAAUUCCCACGAUGUACAAAUUGUUUGGCUUAGGGCCAUCCGUUGUGCUGCAUUACAGUACCGUAUUGCGCCAAAUGCUAUCUCUCCCGUAUCACAUUUUUUUCGAUAAUUUCUUUACUACUGUGCCACUUUUGGAGGAACUUUUGCGGCAUAACAUUAGAGGUACGGGGACAGUGCGGGAGAACAGAAUGUCGAAAUGCACAGUCCAGUCAAAAACUGACAUGAAAAAAACUACGAGAGGUACAUAUGACUACGGGUCAACCGAGAAUAAAGUACUAAUCGUCAAGUGGAAUGACAAUAAUAUCAAGCGAUGA